GACGGCCAACACUUCUCAACUUAUCCUUGGACCCAAAACAAGUCAGGCGUGAGUGUGUACACUUUACAAAGGAAUGGACAGUACUACUAACCACGGAUCACUGUCUCUCCAAACUUAAAAUAAAACACGCAUCUUCGUCUUGGAAUGAGCUAUUGUAGCUGGUAUUUUUUAUUCUUUCGUUUUUUCUUCUUUGGAGUUCAACGUAAAGGCCGGCACAGGGGAGAUAUUUAUAGUUCCGUACAGUCCCUGAACAGACUGUGUGCUACCGUGUUGGUCAGGAUGGCCCUUCUACCAAUACUGGUUCUAGGGCUCAUGGCCAGUCUGGUGCGCGCUCCACCCUUCCCGGGAAGGCUGAACGGCACGUUGGAACGACACUGGGAGACCCUUUACUCGCGCUCUUUGGCUCGUAUCCCCGGAGAGAAGCGUGAGAUUAACCGGGACAGCGACUAUCUUAUGGGCAUUAAACGGCUACGUCGCCUUUACUGCAACGUGGGCAUUGGGUUUCAUAUUCAAGUGCUACCAGACGGGAGGAUAACUGGAGUGCACAACGAAAAUCGAUACAGUCUGCUCGAGAUAUCCCCGGUUGAGAGGGGAAUCGUGACUCUGUUCGGGGUCCGGGGCGGUCUGUUCGUGGCCAUGAACAGCAAAGGGAAGCUAUACGGAUCUGUUCAUUACAGCAACGAGUGCAAGUUUAAAGAGAAACUCUUGGCGAAUAAUUACAACGCCUAUGAGUCGGUGGCGUACCCGGGGAUGUACAUCGGACUGAGCAAGACCGGUAAAACAAAAAGAGGAAACCGAGUAUCACCGGCCAUGACGGUGACGCAUUUCUUGCCAAGAAUCUGAGCGACUCCGAAAUAGACUGAAGCUAAGCACGGAAGGGGCAAGAGGGGGACUCCAAACGAUGCACUUUUAAAAGGAGUUUUAUGCAAGAGAACUGACUAAGUGUAUCCUACUUUAAUUAGAAGUUUCAAGUUUGUAAAUAUCUGAUUAUUUAUAAGUUAACACAUUUUUGUACUUCGGGGGAAACACCCUCGCUUCAGGGGGUAAUGAAAGUGUUCCACUUUAAUUAGUUUUUCUUUUUUUAUGAUACGUUUGCUGCUAUUAAGUUACAAAAUAAGACAGUUUGUUUGAAGGAUCGGUUGCUUAUCUUCGCUCGAUGAUUAUCCAGCCCCGGGGCUUAAGUACCCCUUUAUUUUCUUAUCCCCUUUCUCUUAUUCGGAAAGAACUUUAAGUCCUAAUUUAAGGCCAAAAGUUCUAACAAAUGAGACCCACGUGUCAGGUCACUGGUGUUAGGAGGACCGGGAGUGAUGGUCCAAUGCCGGGGUCCUUUGUGCAGCGUGGGAGCCUAAUUGAAGCAGGAUCGUCUUACUGCUGGUUAGAGAGAGCUGAGCUGAAGACCCGCUGUCUGUUUAUAGCCCUGCCAGGGAGGCGAACUCUGAACUUUCCUGCCGUCAAUCUCAGUCAGACCUAUAGAGAGGCAUCCACCUUAGUUCAAACAAGCAGAGAAUCCGAGGGUUUAAACGAUGAGGCAUGCCUCUAACAUAAAAUACAGUCAUGAUUUUAAAACAGACAUGAAUACAUAGGGUAUGCAUACACAAUACAAUUCAUACACAAUAAAAAAAAUAGUCUAACACACAAUUUCUCAUACUAACAAAAAUGCUCUAAAACAAACACUAUAACACACAAAUGCUCCAUGCACUCACACACACGCACACUCACGGGCUUAGAUUCUAGAACAGUCCCUUCCAGGCAGCAUCCCAACACCAGGGAUCCUCAGUUGUUUGUCAGUUCAGUGUCAGAGCUGCCUAGACUAAGCCAUGACAUAAUAUCAUAGUAAAGACUCCCCUCCUCAUCUGUCAGUUUUUUUUGUCAGGUAUCUGUCGACUGCCUUCCUUGUCUGUUGGCCUGCCUGCCCAUUUGUCUGUCUCUGACUAUUGGUCUGUUGGCCUACAAACCUGUCUGUCUGUAUGUAUGUCUGUCUGUUUGACUGCCUUUCUUCCUCUACAGACAGACGCUAGUAGUCCCUGCAGCUACUUGGUCCUGCUUGCUCCUUGUCACGUUUAAGCUAUCUUUACCCUGUGAUAUACUUUUAGAAAGGAUAAGCAUGGGAGAAAUAUUUACAGACAGCUGUUAGAGUACACUCUAUGCUGGCCCAGUAACCCAAUAUAUUUUUCUUUAUAAAUUUUGUAAAUAUAACCCCUGGUGACUGCUGGCACUCAGAAAGGCUCCUUCUACUCUUAACUCAGAAGAACAGACCUGGGUGGACAUAUCGAUUCCAUUGAUACACCAGCAAGGUAUACUGAGGCAAGGUCUAGAGGACUGGGCCAUAAGGAAGAGCAUAGUGAAGACUGUCAGGUGUGGUGCAGUUGUCUGAACACUCCGUCUCUGUAUUCUGUCCCUCUUCUCUGUCAACAUUCCACAAAGCACUGCAGUUCUCAAUGUACAGUCACAUUCUGUAACCAACUGGACUAAAGGGCUCACUGGUCCAAAAACACUCAAUAUGACAGUACCAUCUUGUCCUUAUCCCAAAUAUAAGGAUCUCUCAGACAGAGCUGAGCAUGUUGAGAUGCUGCACAGCAGACUCCUAACUCCGCCCCAAUGCCUUACCAGACUCCUAACUCCGCCCCUUCAGCUUCUGAGUCUCCCAACCCUGCCCAUUUUACCUGCCAGUCGCCUUGCUCCACCCCUGUUCCUCAGCUGGGCUCAUUUGCAUAGCCAACAAAUCUGUUUACAGAAGCCUUAACAGCCACGGGCACACCUCCCUGAACUCACCACUGACCAGCCACCACCCUUCAAUACCUCCAGCUAUCCACCUCUUCAUCCUUCCAUCCAUCCACAUCUUUGUGCAUCCACCCUUCCACCACUCCAUCCCUCCUCUCCUCCCCUGUUCAUUUGCUUAUAAAACAUCACAGACACCAGCAAGUGAACUACAGGUUCAUGCAAGCACAUAUGCCUCCAUUUCAAACUGGGACACAUCUAAUUGAUACCCCUGCCUUAAAGUUGUUGGUACAAAGAGGGUGACAGUUUUCAGCCUUAAUUAUCUCGUUAGGGUUCUGUCACAUUGUAAAGAGAUGAGUAAAUGUCAAAAAUGAAAAUGUUAAACAUUUAAAGCCAAACAAAAGAACAUCAUUUUAUACAGUACAUACAAUGGCUUUUGCAAGGCCAUAUUACAUUGACACAUUAGUGCUGUGAAGUUUAGGCUGUUGGCUGAUCAUGGGGAAGCCCGUCAGAUAUGAUGAUUGAUAUUUCACUUUCAUCAACAUUGCUGUAAGUAGGUCAUCAUGACAACAGGAGUGACUUCUUCUGCUGUUGGUCUGUCUCUAUUAGGGUUAGGGUCAACAACAUUUUUAUUCAGUCAAUUCCAAAAGUGAGUUUAACUUGCAGCAUAAACCUCCUCUUAUAAUUUGUUCCCAAAAGCAAUGGAGAUAAUGUGCUUAACUCUGAUUGUGGAGUUUAUACUUCAGUCAACCAUUCAGAACUGUAUCAAGACCCUGGACUUUAUCUGGGGUCUGAAUUCCAAACGUCCUCCUGUCUGAAUCAUAUGGUCCUGAUGUUUCUUAUUUUGUCUAUUUAGCAGAACCUCUGUAGUUUUAUACAGGCCCUGUUGAACUAUGUGUAUGUGCUGUGCACAUAAGACCUAAAUUAUGGCAGUUAAUAAAACUCUGAUGCAACAAAAAUAAAAAUUUCCC